UUGAUUCCAGCGUUAACCCUCUUUGACCCCUGAGUGAUUUGACUUUCCGGAAUACCCGCAAGAGCUGGAACACACUCUUUACCAGCAAACACCGCUUUUCUACAUCUAAAGACAGGAUCGACCGUAUUCUUCUUUCUCCUUGCGAUAACCUUGAGAUAUACUUUCAGACGGCAGCCGGCCGUUUGUUGACAUUCAUCAUGGACAACCCCGAGCUGCGACAACGAAAACAACCACCGUCUACCGAUGGUGCGAAAGGACCGCAGCAGCCCAACGAGCCGGAGCCCCGCCUAAAGCAUGGCAUCCCCAUGCAAAUCGUCCGAUCACUUCUUCUGGCAACAUUUUUCAACUGUUGCGCCGUGGUCACCAUCGUGACUCAACUGCUUGGAACGCCGUUAUACGUGAUAAAUAAAGAUUGGUACUACUCGUAUAUGGCAAUGACCAAGCAAGCCUUUGGUUUGGUGAUUAGCUUUCUUACCGAGUGGGGUUGUCCAACUCCGGUUCGAGUCUGCGGUGAUGCGAGCGUGCGAGGCCAGAUUCAUUUGAUGGAAGAUGGGCGGUUGAAGGCGCAAUUUUCAGAACGUAUGGUAUUGGUUGCCAACCAUCAGGUCUACACAGAUUGGAUCUAUAUAUGGUGGCUUGCCUACACCAACGUGAUGCACGGCCGAGUGUUCAUUAUUCUCAAGGAAUCCCUCAAGUAUAUCCCGCUCCUUGGUCAGGGUAUGAUGUUUUAUGGCUUCAUUUUCAUGGCUCGCAAGUGGCUUUCUGAUAAGCCACGACUUCAGCAUCGUUUGGAAAAGCUCAAGACCAAGCACGAGGGUUCCAAGUCCGAAGAUCCGGAGUACGAUCCCAUGUGGCUUUUGAUCUUCCCCGAAGGGACGAAUCUAUCCAUCAACACCAAGCGCCGUAGCGACGCAUAUGGGAAGAAAGUAGGAAUUCCGCCUCUGAGGCACGCAUUGCUUCCCCGAUCGACCGGUCUUUUCUUCUGUUUGCAGCAAUUGAAGGGAACUGUGGACUGGGUGUACGACUGCACGGUAGCUUACGAAGGACCUCCAAGAGGAAGCUACCCCGAUAAGUACUUUACACUCCGAUCAACAUGCUUGCAAGGACGGCCACCAAAGUGCGUCAACAUGCACUGGAGGCGGUAUCGAGUCUCUGAGAUUCCGUUAGAUGACCAGAAGGAUUUUGAGAAAUGGCUUCUGGCACGGUGGACGGAGAAGGACCAACUGAUUGAAGAGUGCUAUGAGACCGGUCGGUUCCCUACCGACUUGGCUGGAACCAUCGAAACCGGGUACGGGUCUGAGAAGCAGAAAAUUGCUGCUUCCAACGGAUAUGCCGAGACAUCUAUAUUUGGAGUGUUAUUUGGCGUUGCGCUUAUCUCAGCGCUACAAACUACCAUGACGACUCUAGAGAAUGGCCAUACCAAUGGCCUGAAUGGCGAAUCCCAACCUUCCUCCCUUAACCAGCGCUUCUCCGACAUUCCUUCGGCCAUCGAUAUUCCCGCGUCGACCCUCGAUAGCGAAGUCGAGGUCAGUCUCGAAGGACUCCCCGAUGACCCGACUGAACUGUGCACGUUGCUGGAGAACGAAAAAGCCGCGAAGAACUUCUGGGUGAUCAUCGCGCUCGCGUACGCGAAGCAGAAACAGAUCGAUCAUGCCAUCGACAUCCUCAAUAAAGGCCUGGCCUCGGUGGCUCAUGGAGCGACCAAGGAGAAGCUCGUGCUGCUGGGCUGGGUGUGCUGGCUUUUGAUGCUGAAGAGUCGGCAGGCGCCUCGCGUUGCGUCGGAAGGGGAGCUGUACACGGAGGCCAAGACUAAGGAUUACUAUCUGCAGCUAGCGACGUCGACGCUGAACGAGGCAUCGCGGUUGAAUCCUGCGUUUCCGCCGUUGUUCCUGGCGAGAGGUGUCUUGUCGCUGCUGCGCGCUUCGUUGUACCCUCCGCGACCUGUUCGGCCGGGGACUGUGGAUACAUCUGAGAGAGUGGAAUCGCUACGACAGGCAUUGAAAUGCUUUGAUGAAUCGUCCAAGGCCUUUGGCGGCCGGAACAUAAUGGCUAUCAUGGGACGUGCCAGAGCGCAAUAUCUACUGGGAAGAUACGCGGAUGCGCUGGAUGGGUAUCAAAAGGCUCUGAUGAGGAUGCCCAACCUGACCGACCCGGAUCCGCGAAUUGGUAUCGGCUGUUGCUUAUGGCAGCUUGGAUUCAAGGACCAGGCGAAGGGUGCUUGGGAGCGGGCACUAGCUUUGAACCCUGACUCCAAGGUUGCCAAUAUCCUACUCGCAGUCUACUAUCUCUACGACAGCUCUCGGCACGCGACAACCGACCCCGCGUUUGGUUCGCUAUACAAGGUUGCGAUGACACAAUACACUCAAAAAGCUUUCAAGCUCGACAAGGAAUAUCCAAUGACAUGCGCCCUGUUCGGAAGCUAUUUCCUUCUGCGAAAGUCCUACUCCACGGUCGACACACUAGCCCGUAAAGCCAUUGAACACACGGACGUGAUGUCGAUCGCCAGUGACGGGUGGUACCUCUUAGGACGGAAAGCGCACUACGAGAGCGAUCUCGCACGCGCUGCCGAAUAUUACAACCGCUCCGACCAGGCGCGGGGAGGCGGGGAUAAGGGGUAUCUGCCUGCCAAAUUCGGCACGGUACAGAUGCAAGUGAGCAACAAGGACCACGACGGAGCCAAGUUCCGACUGGAGAAGAUCAUCCAGCAGACGAAGAACCCCGAGUGUAUGAUUCUUCUCGGUGCUCUGCACGCGGAGGAGGUCUUUGCCGCGCAGCGGAGUGGUAGCAAAGAAGACAAGUCUGCAGAGGCUAAGAAAGCGAUCAGCCUGCUAGAGUCUGUCCGUGCACUGUGGAAAGAAACUGGUGGGAAGAAAAUCUCGCCAGAUGAGUCGGUACUGGUGUACCUGGCUCGGCUGUACGAGCAGACAGCUCCCGAGAAGAGCAUGCAAUGCCUGACGCAGCUGGAGCAGAUGCAACUGGCGGAGGUCCCCGCUAGCGGGCUCCCGGACGACGUCGAGGAUGAGGACAAGAGGAACGCGCUUCUGCGGGAGAACCUUCCGCCGCCGCUUCUGAACAACAUGGGCUGUUUCCUGUACCAGAACGAAAAGAUCGACCAGGCACGCGCGAUGUUCCAGACGGCGUUGAACGCAUGCGUCAAGUCCCAGGAGAAGGAGUCCGACGCCGACACCGACGCACUCGUGACUACGGUCAGCUACAACCUCGGUCGGACAUACGAAUCAUCCGAUAUGCCCGAGGAAGCCAAGAAGGUCUACGAGGGACUAUUGGAGCGACAUGCAGACUACACUGAAGCGAACGCACGGUUGACAUACAUUGCUCUCCGACAGAGUCCUACAGAUGAAGGACCGAAGCGGAUGGCCAAGUUGUACGAAGUUGACUCGACGAACCUUGAAGUGCGGGCGCUGUUCGGGUGGUACCUGAGCAAAUCGAAGAAGCGGGCCACCAAUUUGGCGGAAGACCACGAGCAGCGACACUACAAGCACACGCUGCAAUAUCAUGAUAAGCAUGACCGGUACUCGCUCACGGGAAUGGGUAACGUCCACUUGGUAACGGCCCGAGACAUGCGCCGCGACACAGACCAAGAGAAAGAAAAGCGACGCAAGAUGUACGAGCGUGCCGUCGAAUUCUUCGACAAGGCGCUCCAAUUGGAUUCUCGGAACGCCUAUGCGGCUCAGGGUAUUGCGAUUGCCCUGGUUGACGACCGCAAAGACCACGCAACGGCGGUACACAUCUUCUCGCGGAUCCGCGAUACCUUGAAAGACGCCAGUGUGUACCUGAACCUUGGGCACGUGUAUGCCGAACUGCGCCAGUAUUCGCGCUCGAUUGAGCACUACGAAUCGGCUCUCUCUAAGGACCGUGCGCGCGACGCGCAAAUCUUGGCAUGUCUGGGCAGGGUCUGGUUGCUUCGAGGCAAGCAGGAGACGAACCUAUCCGCCAUGAAGACAGCCCUAGAGUACGCACAGCGAGCCCUCAGCGUCACCCAGGGACAGGUACAUCUGGAAUUCAACGUCGCGUUCGUCCAAAACCAAAUCGCACAGCUGGCAUACGGCCUACCCGAGACCCAGAAGACGGUGAAAGAAGUAGAAGAAGCCGCAGCGGGUCUCAAUGAAGCCGUGGAGACGUUCGGGCGCUUGGCCAAGGCCAAGAACCCGCCAUAUCCGGCGGAUUCCCUGGAACAGCGUGCGAACAUGGGCAAGACCAUCAUGAAACAGCUGGACCGUGCGUUGCAGAAGCAGAAGGAAUACGAAGAGAAGAACGCCAGCAAACUACAGCAGGCUCGGGAGGCCCGGGAAGUCGCUAUCCGGAAACGGGAAGAGGAUGUGCUCAAGGCGCGCGAGAUGGAACAAGAACGUAAGAAGAAGGUCGCAGAGGAGCGACAGGCAAUGGUUGAAGAAGCGCAGCGUCUAGCUGAAGAGCGGAUGGCGCGCGAGCGAGAAAAGGAAGAGGCGGUUAUGACGACGGACUCGGACACAGGUGACAAGGUCAAGCGGAAGAAGAAGUCGUCGAAGCGCAAGAAGAAGGAUGAUGACUUCAUCAGCGAGGGUGAAGGGGAAGGCGAAGGUGGAAGCGGUGAUGAAGAAGAAGACGGUGGUGCAAGCCGCAAGAAGCAGCGCAAGACAAAGAAGAAGAAGAAGCCGAGUGAGGAUGCAGAGAGCGGAGACGAGGAUGAAGGCGCUGCACCUAAGAAACGACGCAGGCUGGAACGGCGGUCUGGCGGAAAGGUGCAGCAGGGCAAGUUUAAGAGUAGUGAGGUCGUGGAGUCGUCUGAUGAGGACGAUGCUGAACCUGCGGUGACGGAAGACAAGGAUGAGGAGAUGCGUGAUAGCGCACCUGCAGAAGGGCAAGGGGAUGAGGAAGAUGAUGCGGUGCAGCGACGACGGAGCAAGCCCAGCCGCCGUGUUGCUGAUGAUGAGGAUGAAGAGGAGGCAGGAGAGACUGGAGCUGGUGGUGGCGGCGACGAGGACGAGGAUGACUUGUUCAAUGACAAGGGGGAUGAAGACACGGAGAUGAAGGAGGAUGAAUAAUUCUCUACUGUGUUUACUAUGGUCUCUGUACUUAAUUGACGGCGUUGAAUGGAUUGUAUACUAUGAAUGAGCACGUGGGCUACUUCUUCCUGUAUAGAUAUCACGUGCGCGAAAGUUCAGCUAACCAGCGACCGGCACAAACCUUGAGGGAAAUAGGGGCUUCUAGAAGACGGCAACAUGUUUGCUUUUACUACUCCAGCACGAUGACCUCAAGUACAGAGUACGCGAGCAAACAUCGAAUCUAGC